GCACAAAGACGAGGAAGCUGGGAUAUUUUGAAAACUAUGUUAAUGAGCAGACGAAGAUUUGGCGAUAAUAAGUUCAUUUCAAACACGACCUCGCGUACUCACCCAACAAUGAAAGCUUUCAGCCCUCGGCACGAAGACGUGGAGGGUUGCUAAACCUCUGUGGGUGUGAAUUUUAUCUUUCUUUUGCGCAUAUAUAUAGGAAUUUUAUAUGUGUAGAUAUGCAUGGAAUUUGAUAUGUGUACCCAGGGACCUUGGUCAGUCGCGGACUGCAGGCAAGUAGCAGACGACAACAGCGUCGUGCAUGCAGCAGCAACAACAACAACAACAAAGGAAGAGCGGUUGACGACACCUGUCCUUGCAGGUAACGGACCCUCCCCGCGCAGCCGACUGAAGACAGUAAAAGCUCGCACUGGGUUUGAAGUCUCCUCCACCUGGCAAGCACCUACUGUCUCUAACGUUGCGUGAUCGGAGCGACCCUUGACCCGUGACCUUGCGAACCCUCGGAACCAAUGGGAUUGUGGGAGGGACAGGGUGAGGGGAAACACCCCGUAUCAACGCUGCAGUGAGAGACGUGGGCUGUGAGGUGAUGCAAGUGGCGACCUUCCAGGCUCCUUCAUCACGAUGACCAGCCGCCUUCAUCGUCAUCCCGUCGUCAAGGUCCAGCGACUGCCGACCUGUGAACCUGCGGAAUGGGGACAUGACAGACUGGAGGGGCAGCAGCGGAGGAGUGGAGAUGGUCAACUCAGAUCGUCUCUGCAGCAAAUGUUCCCCUCAUCCACCCGUACCGCUGACCUGUGGAUGCCCAGGAUUCAUCUUCACCGGAUUACCGAUUGUGAAAACCAGAAAUAAAAGUGGUUGAGUGCUGAAAGGACUACGCAGUGCCAGGAUUCAGUGUCAGAAUUGUUGACUACAAAUUUCACGAUGAAUGGAUGAGAUUUUUUUCAGGAAUGUUCUUGCAGCAAUGCUGAUUUCUUCUGGAGUGUGCAAACUACGUGCAAGACCUCGAAUUCAUUCAGGAAUUAAACAGUGCUGGAUUACUGAUUACAGGAAUGACACGUGAAUGAUAAUUGGUCAGGAUGAAAAAAAAAUGUGCAGGAUUACCAAACACGUUUGUUCAGCAUUGGUGAAUGAAUACAUUCAGGAUUACUGAAUACGCUGAUUGUUGAUCACUGAAUACAGCUGUGCAGGAUUGUUGUCUGCCUUCAGGAUUGAACUUCCCGCAACGACCGGUCAUUAUCCUUUGCUGAGGAACAAGGUGGACGGCUUGCUGAUAGUCCAACAAAGCGGUCGUGGGUUCAUUACAGAUUCUGAAACUUCCUCUGGACCACGACCUCAGUGGCGCCCUCGCUCAAGACUGACGAUGAUCCACGCGGGCAACCUUCUCCUUCGGAAUUGUGGUGGCCGUUGUCGGCGUUGUUGCUGUUGUUGACGUGUCGGCGCGUGCAAUCUUCGUCUACUAGCCAUGCGUUGGGCGGGAGGAGGGAGCAGCAUCACCUCGUACUUCUCAUCGCGAUGCCUGGCUGGACGGCAAGGGGAGAUCAGUGUGUUAUCAACGGUGUGGAUUACUGUUCUUGCUUUGAUGCUUGGUCACUGCGUUCGGCCGUGUUUUCAGUUCGUCGGAUUUCAUGGAGGCUCGCUGACGCGGACGUUGCAGACGCUGCAGCAGUACACGUGCGAGGGGAAGACGAUGUUGAUCUCGUGUCCAGCCUCCACCGUCAUCAGUGUCCAGUACGCCAAGUUCGGCCGCUCGGUGCCCAGCGCCAGGAUGUGUCCUGCCGGAGACACGCUUACCUCCCCUGCACUGAUGUCCGAAGUGAUGCUCGCCCCUGGCUACAGGGUCACGGCAGCUGAGGACACCAACUGUCUGGCCAUCCGCUCCCUGGAGGUUUUGCUGGAGCUCUGCGAACAUCAGCCUCGUUGUCAAGUGCGGGCCGAGUCAACGACAUUUCGCCAGGAUCCUUGUCCGGCAACUUCCAAGUACCUUGAGGUCCACUACAAAUGUCGUCCGAAUGAUUUUCAGCGUCAGACAGUGUGUGAAGGGGAACAAAUGGAGAUUGGAUGUGGGAAAGCCUUGCGAAUAGCUGUGUAUUCCGCCAUGUUUGGCAGAGCACCGAACGGUUCAGUGUCGUGUCCUUCCGACAGGCCGGGUUACUUUGACUGCCAGGCGGCUGAGACGGUGUCAGAGGUCAGGGGCGCAUGUCAAGGCCGAAAGCGUUGCGACUUGCUGGCGUCGGAGGCAGUCUUUGGCAACCCCUGCGCGGCAGGUAUCAAGAAAUACCUCGCCGUCACCUACGCCUGCGUGCCAAAGAGAAUCCUAAAAGAACUUCACAGGCACAAAGGUCACUUGAAGGCAAGACAUAACAAGAAGAGAGGGAAAAAAAAAGCUCAGGAGGUGGAGGGGAAGGCAUACCAGCUACAGAUGGAACAGAUCUGGAAAUAGGAAUCCCAAGGGACGCCCAUGCAGCCUCCCAGUCUUUAGAACUGCUGGAGAUCUCACGAGGAACAGACACUCAGGAACAAGCUUCAGCAGAUGCUGCAGAAACAACUGACAGAGAAAUCCCACAGCCUGACAUCACUCAGGACUUGAGUCAGAUUAGAAUCACCAGCCCACUCAUCAGUUCAGACCAAGAACAGCUUUUGAUCAUCAGCAGACAGAAUCGGACCAGUCCUGUUGCUCUAACUCCAGCAGACCACACAGAGACUGAUGAGUCCUUGCUUGUCACAAGCACUGCUGCUGCUGCUUCUGCAGAUCCUCCUGAUAUGGGAGGUAUUUCAGACCUUGUAACACAUAUGGACUUACCCAGUACUGAAGGAGCCUUAUCCACAUCACAGACAGAGGUUGCUCCGAGUGUACACAGUGCUGUAGAGACAAGUCCAGAAAGUGGUCUGUCUGUGGUGUGCAUCAAUGUUACGAUGUCUACCAUCAGGACAGCUGCGGGCAGCAGUGAUGCACCCAUGGGAGUUGCAAAGGACUGGUUCAGCACUUUUAUGUUUAUUCACUAUCACCAAGAAAAAGCCAUUUUGUAUGUGGUGCUGGGAGUUUGUAUUGGAGUAAUCUCUCUCUUGACCAUAGUGCUCGGACAGGUAUGUGUGCAGUUCAAGAGAAAGUCAAGAGCAAAAUUAGACUUGACAGAGCCGACUCACAGUCGCAAUGUUACCCACAAUCAUAGUACUCUUGAGACACCGAUGCUUGAACGCUCAGACUCGAUAGAUCGAAUAGAAGUUGUGCGGUUUGAACCUCGAGGAACAAUGCGUUCAGGAUACCACAGCACACUACGCAGUGAUUCAGGGGACAGAAGCUUGAGCAACUAUUAUGGAUGACGGUCAGCCAAGCCUUUCAAGAAAGGCAGACAGUUUCAAUAAGCAUUUUUCUUUUGCCAGAUUUUGUGAUGAAACGCACCAGUUGAAGGUGAAAGAGGUGGUUGUUGACUGUACUUUAUGUGCAUUAAGUGGAAAGUCUAGUCAAGACCUUGACUUUGCCUGAUCCCAUACAAGCUGCAUCUUAUCCAAGAAAAUGAUGACCUUAAAAACCAAGAGAUGUGUGCUGAAGAAGAUUGCCUACAGCGUUAAACUGAGCUGAUGUUCUCAAAACAGUACAAGCUGUUUAUGAUGCAAAAUACUGGGAAAGUGACAAAUAGGUAACAGUUUUAUAUCUUUGUACAACCAAAAAAAAAAAGAAAGGGGAUACAGGUAAAUAAGGCCAGGUUAUUUAUCAGACCAUACGCCCACUGAUGAAGAAUACGAAUACCAACAGUCGGGGAAUGUAGUCUUGCUUGCAGUGAAAUGAGUCAAUAACUCCAUGUCUGUAUAAAAUAUAAUGUGGCUGCAAUUCAGGUAUGUUGUGUAGUAGUGGGACCACAAACAUGCCACAGAUCUGAACAGGCUGUUAAUAAUAACCAGUUUAUUCCACUAUGUUUCCUGUGCAUAGUUCCUCACAGUAUGACUGCUGGCUGAAAUGCCACAUCUUUUUCAUUAACCAAGCUGAGGAAAGAUCUACUACAGUGUUCCCUUGACCAGGCAAAAUGGUGGCUGCCUUGUCUGAUCUUUAGCCCACUUGGGUCAUACUUGCCUUUAACUUGCUGCCCAAUAAUAGGCAGUUAAGGUUUAGGAUGCUUGUUUACAUUUGCACACAAAGCAAAUGCUUUAAAUGUCAGCAUUAAAAGUGCAUCUGCAAACAAAUUUCAGCCAUCCCUGGUAAAUUUCAUCUCAUAUUUUCAUUGAGCUACUUCAGCAUGUUACAAUUUUUACAUUGCAAACUAAAUGUUUAAUGACUGCACAGUUCUGCACGAACUAUAAUUUGCUUUUAAAAUAUGGCCUUGAGAUACACAGUUUUGUUGUCAUUGCUAAAAAUGAUGAAUGACAUACAUCGUUUAAAUAAGUGAGAAAAGCUGCUAAAAUUUACAGGUUUAGAAGGAAAAAAAAGUUUGAAGAUAGUAGUGUAUUUUUUAGAAAUAUUAUGGACUUAUUACAAACUAUUUUGUAGAAAACAUUCUGAUUUAUAAUUCUUUCAGUUUUUUAUUUACUUUAAAGGGGAGGGGAGAGGAUGUGGUAGAGUUACAUGUUGAUGUAUUUCAUGAAUAUGAUGAAAAAGAUUUUAUGGUAACAGGGUAGCAAUGGUACAUUAUGAGUAUCUCUUAAAUUAUUCUAGUAUUGCAAAACUUUUUAAGCCAUAUGUAAUUGGCUAAAAUCUUUUUUUUAAUUACAUUUGUUUAUUUUGUAAAUGUUUUAUUUGUAAACAUUUGCUUUAGCAUGAUUUUGACUCAAGAGCCACUACGUUUUAGGUUCAUAUUCAGUUUGGCACAUGUACAAAUUGCAAUAUUACAGCAAUGAAAAUGAAUCAUAAUAGCAGGGAAAAACAUCCUUUUAGUGAAGAGACAACAUUUGGUGAAGUGACUGUGGCAAGUUUGUAGUAACAUGGUGUCAUUUAUCUUUCCAGCUAUGUCAUUCUUAUCAAUUCUUAGAAAUACAGAUUUAUUCAGAGCAUAAAAUUGCAUAAUAAUCAUCAUUUUGUUGUUUAUACAUAGUGAUACUGUAUCUUGUUUGUAUAAUUCUGUGAUCCUGAGAUCUAAGAUAUAAUCAAAUUUUUAUACAUGAAUUAUGUUCAUUUGGAACAUAUUGUUCCAUUUUGAUAAUUAACAAACUUUUCUUUGUUUUUUUAUUAAAAGAUAUUAUUUCAGUUUAACUUUAUACUUUUACCAUGUGUUUGAGAAAUGAGAGAGAAAGAAUGUAGGAAGGCAUAAAGGCAAAAAAAUGAAUAUGAUCAUGCUGAUAUGAAAAAGAGAGAGAGUGUGUGUGUGCCUGCACACCAGCGCAAAAUACUGAUUAUGUAACUUAUUGCACAGCACAAGCUAUCAGUUGUAAAUUUUAACUGGAUGCAUAACUAUAUAUUUGGUACAAAGUCAUAUGGGUGUUAUAUACAAGAUAUUCUGGUUUUACUUUGCAUUUGUAUGAUACUUUCAUUCUGACAUCUUUAGAUUAUUGAACCCAAAACUACGGUAAUGCACUUUUACAAAAACAGUUGUUUGUUUUUGUUUUUUGCCGAUGGCAAGUUCCAUUUAAGGCUAUGGCUAUACAGAUGAUAAGAUUUCUAGAAAGUUCCUUAGGCCUGUGACAGCUUUUGAAUGAGUCAGACAAUAAUAAAUAGAAAAUAUUAAAAGGGAAAGCAUUGUGCAGGCUCUGUCACAUUUCUUUAUUUAUGGCUUUUUCUGUAUUCAUGAUAUGUAAACAUCUUUAGCACAACUGUCUUGCAGCAUGUACCUUAUUUUCUUUAGUCAGGAGAGGUCUCCAUAUCACUUUUAAUGCCCUAGUCUUUAUCUUCUACUUGGAAAGAAUGCAGUUAUGAAAAAUGUGUUCACUUCACCACAUACAGCUAUGCCACAAACUUCUUUAUGCCGAUAUUAAAACAUUGUAAUUUGGUUCUAAAUUGAAGCGAUCUAUAUUCCUUCAAGCAUUCAUUUAAAUACCUUGAUAAAAUAUCUCAUGAAGUCCCUGGAUUUUCUUUUAUUUAUAGAGGUGAGACGUUCACACGGUGUUGAUGUAAAUGCAUGAGACCAAGCAUUUCUAAAGUGUGCAGUGUUGUUAAUCUCUUACAGGAAGCUGCAAUUUUAUGUACAAAUUGUGAUUAAAGAUUUUCUUUUUACCAAAAGGAAGAAAUGUCCUUGCUUUCACUUUUGUAAUAUUUUUAACAUAUUAUGUGCACUGAUACGGAGAAGGAAAUUUUCCCAGCUGACAAAAUUGCUGAAUUCUUCUAACUUCAAAAAUGUAGUUUUGCUGAAACGUUUUUCAUACAUAAAGGUUGUGAUUUUUCGUCCUUCCAUGUUUUUCUCACUUCUACUCUAAAUCAUAACUUACUCAUAGGUUUAGAAAACUUUAAAAAUAAAAAGAAGAAAGAAAUAAAACUGUAUUUAGGGAAUGUGUUGAAAGUAAAAUGACAUAUCUAAAAUUGCUCAACAGUAUUUAAAAUAUAUUCUAUAAUUAAAUAUUCAACAUCAGAAUUUUGAUGCUGUCACAUUUCUUCAGAUUCCCUAAGGCAGCAAAUAUCAUACCAAUCUUCAACUGUCAUCUGUUGACAUUUAUUUUGGGUUCAAGACCAAACCUAUCUUACAGCAAAGAAUGGUUUGACCCAAGCAGGAAGACGAGGAGCACACAAGGUGCUGGCUACCCUUGUGGUCGUUUUUCACUAAUUGCUUCCAUCUACCCCUACAACCAUUUUUUCCUGCCUCCUCCAGAUCGAAUCUAUUCUUUGUGGACAGUGAAAGUUUGGCCUUUAAUCACUAAAUGUAUUCAGUAUGAAAACAGUGUUUCAAACUACUGGAAUGUUUUUUUUCUGAUUUGGGGUUCCUUUACCAGAAAUCAAGAUUUGUAAUAAAUGUAGUAUAUUGUCAUAUUUUCCUAACAUUGCUAUUAAAUAAUACUGAAUGUGUUCAGCAUAAAAAACAGGGUUAGCAACUACAGGAAUAUGUUGGGGUUUUUUCACUUUACCGAAAGUCAGGGUUUGUAACAAAUGUAAUAUAUUGUCAUACUUUCCUAAUGCUGCUACUAAAUAAUUUGAAAGUUUAUGUAAAUGUAGUGAGUGUUUGUCAGCCAGUUCAAGAUUGAUUCAGACUGUAGUCAUACAAGCUUUGAAUAUAUUUUGUAUGGUAUGUGAAUUAAAAGGUCCACUAAACAAUGUGGAAACCAGGAUUCUA